AUGGAGGUGCCUAACGUCAAGGACUUCCAGUGGAAGCGCCUGGCGCCGCUGCCCAGCCGCCGGGUCUACUGCUCCCUGCUGGAGACCGGGGGGCAGGUCUAUGCCAUCGGGGGAUGUGACGACAACGGCAUCCCCAUGGACUGCUUUGAGGUCUACUCCCCCGAGGCCGACCAGUGGACCGCCCUGCCCCCCCUGCCCACGGCCCGGGCCGGGGUGGCCGUCACCGCCCUGGGGAAGCGGAUCAUGGUGAUCGGGGGUGUGGGCACCAAUCAGCUGCCCCUGAAGGUCGUGGAGAUGUACAACAUCGAUGAGGGCAAGUGGAAGAAGAGGAGCGUGCUGCGUGAGGCCGCCAUGGGCAUUUCCGUCACGGCCAAAGAUUACCGAGUGUAUGCGGCAGGCGGGAUGGGCCUGGACCUCCGUCCGCACAACCACCUCCAACACUACGACAUGCUCAAGGACAUGUGGGUGUCACUAGCACCCAUGCCCACCCCGAGAUAUGCUGCCACCUCCUUCCUCCGAGGCUCCAAGAUCUAUGUGCUUGGGGGACGACAGUCCAAGUAUGCAGUCAACGCCUUUGAGGUUUUUGACAUCGAGACUCGCUCCUGGACCAAGUUCCCCAACAUUCCCUGCAAGCGGGCCUUCUCCAGCUUUGUGACCCUGGAUGACCGCUUGUACAGCCUGGGAGGCCUGAGGCAGGGUCGGCUCUACCGGCAGCCCAAGUUCCUCCGGACGAUGGACGUGUUCGACAUGGAACAAGGGGGAUGGCUGAAGAUGGAACGCUCGUUCUUCCUCAGGAAGCGGCGGGCAGACUUUGUGGCCGGCGCUCUGAGUGGACGGGUCAUAGUGGCCGGAGGACUUGGGAACCAGCCCACUGUCCUGGAGACAGCAGAGGCGCUCCACCCCGGGAGGAACAAGUGGGAGGCCCUCCCCACCAUGCCCACGCCCCGCUGCGCCUGCUCCAGCAUUGUCGUCAAGAACUGCCUCCUGGCUGUGGGGGGCGUCAACCAGGGUCUGAGCGACGCAGUGGAAGCCCUGUGUGUCUCUGACUCCUAGCUCUCAGCACAGCGCCUGUGCCCCGGACCGGAUCAGCCCACUCUCCACAAGAGGAAUGGUCUCGUCAAAGCAGUGUGGGCGACUUCCCAGGAUGCCAGCUCCUGUCAGCAGCUAGUGGGGUCAGGCCCCGGGGUUCUGAGGGACCUCCCUCCGCCUCCAAACCCUACCCAUCCCAGGAAACCAUGCGAAGUCCCAGGGACUCAGCCAGCCUCCAGCUGGAGGCCAGCUGAACUCUGAGGAGAGUCCCCCCUUCCUGCUCAGGCAGAGAAAGACACAGGAGUACUGGCUACCUCCCCUUCCUGUGAGUUCCACCUCCCCCCGUGUCCAGGGUAGGGGGUGGGCAGGGCCGAAGACAGCUGCUAUCACUGUCCUCUCCCCAGCUCUGAACUAGUUUGAGGGUCUCUCGGGAUGGAAAACGGAGAAGGUUCGUAAGGAGUCCCAAACCCCUCGCUUCUCCCUUGGUCUACGUCCCUUCCCCAUUUGGUGGUCAGCCGUGGGCCUGCCCUAGCCCUCGUCCCCUCAGCAAGAAUUGGCCUUGGAGUCAGGCUCACGGGGACUGGUCCAGGUCAGUAGCCUCGGCCAGGAAGGACCCGUGCCUCUCGGGUCCUCGACGGGAACGUGCCGAUGGGGAAGCAGCAGACGCCCAGCCCAGGCUCUGCUUCCCGCUCCUCCCCUCGCUCACUUUCUCCUCCCGCCACCCUCCCCUCGCCCUUUUGUCACCCGCGGCCCCAGCGCAUUUCUGGGCAAAACCUUCUCAUGUACACUGUGGCAUCCAAAUCCACGAAGGAUGG